GGAAGUGAGGGAAAGGCAAGUGGGAGGGGUCGUUCGCAAGCGUAGUUUGCGGCGUUUGCCUCCGCACCCCUCUCCCGCCCUCACCUAAUCAGGUGGUGGGGAGAUGUUGCACGUGGUGUUCUCUGUUGGGCGCUUGCCGACUUUUUGACGUUUUGGAUGACUUUGGGACAGACAGACCCUAGAGGGUGAGGAUGUGGGUUCCAGUGGCUGGGCUUCCUCCGCGGCUGAAGCUGUCAGCUGCUUCUGUUGCUGGUCGCUUUUGCAUUUGGAGGUCGGGAGCGGCGAGGUGGAAGGACGCCCCGGUGGUUGCUCGCCGGGGUUUGUCUGACUUCCACCCGCAGGUGUUGCCGGGUCAGGAUUUCAGAGAAUUGCCCUCGCGGCCGUCCAAGUACGGCGUGGAGCCCAAGCGUUACCUAACCAGUCCAAGACUGGCCGAGACCGUGGUGCAGUUUCUGCUGAGAGAAGACGAUCCGUGCAAGCUCAUCCUGGAAUGCAAUCCUGGUCCUGGAAUCCUGACUCAAGCAUUAAUUCAAGGAGGUGCCAGAGUGAUUGCCCUUGAAAGUGACAAAACUUUUAUUCCACAUUUGGAGUCCCUAGGAAAACAGCUGGGGGGGAAGCUACACGUGGUCCACUGUGACUUCUUCAAACUGGACCCUGGGAGCUCUGGAGCAGUGAGACCCACUGUGGACUCCCGGGUGCUUCUGCAGGAUUUGGCCAUAGAAACACUUCCUUGGUCAAAAGGUAUUCCUUUAAAAGUAGUUGGAAUCUUCCCAGCCAAAAAUGAAAAGAAGAUGAUGUGGAAAUUUUUACAUGAUAUAUAUUCCUGUACCUCUCUAUAUAGAUAUGGACGAGUAGAACUGAACUUUUUUAUGAAUGAAACGGAUUGCCAGAAGAUCAUGGCGAAUCCCCAGCAUCGGAACCUGUACCAGGCCCUCAGUGUGCUGUGGCAAGUGGCUUGUGAGGUUAGGCUGCUGCAGAGGGAGCCUUGGUCGUCGUUUGACAAGUACACCCGAGCGGGGCGACCGGGGAAGCCGGAGCACGGGGAAUCAUUAGAACAACAAACACAACAAAACCUGUGUUUUAUUCAAUUCACUCCUCGUAGAAAUUUAUUUACACAAAAUUUAACACCUGUGAACUAUGAUGUAUUUUUUCACAUGUUAAAGCAGUGUUUUCUGAAGCGCAAUGCCAAGCUGAUAGACCAGUUACAUUCUUUGAGUCCAGUGGAUGCAGAAGAUGUACUGAAGAAAAUGAAAAAGAGAGGAACAACAAAAGUAACAGAUAUGCACCCUCUAGACUUUAAACGCCUCUUCGAAACCAUAGAAUGUUCCAAAGAUUAUUCCUGCAAGUGGCUGUAUGACGAGUUCAUGGAGGAUGUUGUCUUAUAGGGAACAGGGACCGGACUGGCAGGAGAGCAGCUGGAGCCGUUCACUGUGCUUGGAAGUUACGACACAUGUGAAAAGGAGCUACGUUUGUAAAACUCACAUCCUUUCAGCAGAAUGGAGCUGUUCUUGUUUUGCACGAACAAGGCAGAUCAUUUCUUCCGAGGCUGAUGCCGUUAGGACAUUGGGUAAAACAGUGGCUGCUAUUUUAUUCACAACAGAAUAAAGAACGUCCCUUAACGGUGGAUUUGAUCAGCUCAGAUUUGUUUUGUUUUAAACUCUAUCUACUGUCAGUGUGCCCGUAGUUGUAUGGAGUUACCAGAUGAAAUUUAGUUUUAAAAGUCCUUUUAGUCAAACGCAUUGUAUUAAUUUAAAUAUUCCCCGUGCACUGUUGAUUUUUGCAUCCUCCAGGAGGGCAAAGAGUUGGUACAGUUUUAAGCUUAGAAAGUAAAUACAACUGAAUUACGUGGUUUGUUUUACUUUUCAGUUUGUUGAAAGUAUUAAAUACUGUGCAAUGAAAUAAAUUAAACUUUAUUAUGGUUUAAACGUUUUUAGAAAUUAAAGUAUUUUAAGUAAGA